CUGUGACCCACCGCCCAACGCCAACCGCAGUACCACUGUUUUUCAGCGCCCUUCCCUUGCUUCCCUACGACUCUGCACCAGCCUUCCGCCGCACGGCUCAUCUGUACGACCUUACCGUCCCCGCUCAGCGUCUUCGAGCUCCACACUUUGUCGCUUCAGGCUGCGUCUCAAUCGAUCUAGGGACUCCAGGUAACUAGCGAUUAAUCAAUGCUGUUGCUCUGUUUUUUAUUCAAUUCCAGCAUCCUCAAACAUUCCGCAGAUUUUAUUAAUUUUCUACUUUAAUGUAUUUGAACUGGCUUAACUGGAAUUGUCAAACCACAUAUAUGAAAUAAAUAUUGCACACCUUUCCUUCAUCUCUGUUUCUCUCUGAAUCUCUCUCGCCUCAGCAGGAUGAGAUUUAUUCAGGGCAUUUUGUUAUAUGUCGAUACCGGGGUUUCUCGUAAGCUGUGUAGUCCUCAAGUAAUCAGGACCUUUUCUACGAAUCCGGCAUUUGAUAAUAACAACCUGAAUCAAAGCUCAUUUGAGUCUGCUGAUCACUCUGAGCAACGACCUUUUGGUGACACUUCUAGGAAUUCACCAACUUUUGGACCCUUUUACCAACACUUUAGUUGGGCUCAGAGAGACAACACACCUUCAAAUAUGGGAUAUGGUAAUGCCAAGCUUAAUCAAAGCCCAUUUAGAUCUUCCAAUUACUCUGAGCAACUGCCAUUUGACGAUUCCACGAAUACAGGAUUUGAUAGUAAAAGGUUUAAUCAAAACUCAUCAGAGUUUGGAAAUUACUCUGAGCAACGACCUUUUGGUGACACUACUGGGAAAACACCUGAACAUAAAGCAUUUUACCAAAAACUUGAUAGGGCUGAAAGAUCUUUCCAGGGAUCCCAUUUCAAUUCUGGAAAUAGUUCAGCAUUUGACGGUCUGGAUGAAGGCAUUAACACAUUGUGUGAUGGAAUGGAAAGUAAGUUGAAGCAGGCCGCUGCGUAUUUUGAGUUUGAUCCUGAUGAAGUUGAGAAAGAUGAUUAUUCCUUCCGAAAGGACAUCACUUUUUUCCCUGGAAGUACUUACGAUAUCAAGGAUCUUGAUCUUAGAAAACCAGGAGUACAAAAGUCAUGGAAAAGGCCAUCGUUUCAAACAACAACACGAGAAGUCUUGGAGAAAGCUGAUUUCAGAAACGUCGGUUUUCUUGCCAAUUUCAUCACAGAUGCUGGAAUUAUAAUCAAGAGGAGCAAGACGGGAAUAAGUGCCACAGCCCAAAGGAAAGUUGCUAGGGAAAUAAAGACUGCACGAGCUUUUGGUCUUCUGCCAUUCACCACCAUGGGAACCAAACAUUUCAAGUUCGGCAAAACGAUGGAGAACCUCGAUAGUGAUUAUGCAUAUGAGACUCACUACCACAACUUUGUUGAUACAGAUGCCAGUGUGGAUCCCCUAGAAUGAUGAACCCCUUUCGUUUUUCUUUUAUAUCCUUCAUGUUCCCUUUCUUUAUGAACUAAUUAGCCAGUAAGUUAUGAGUUAAAUUGUUUUUGCAGAAGAAAGUGUAAUGAGUUCAUGAUUUGUUUGGCUUUACGGUUUUGUGUCUGGAGACGCUAUUAAACAGCUAACGUUGUGAGUUCUGGGCCUUCAGAGAUGGCAAUAAAUGUUAUAUUUUUUGUUCUGUGUAAUAUU